AUGAUCCAAGAGUCCACGAGUUCUAGUGUAAUGGUCGUGGGUGACGUGGAUGCUAGAAUAGGAACACAUCAGUGCACCCCUGUGAGUAAAGACCACGCAGGAAAAUUCGAAAUGCUAAUUAGGGCAGCAAAGGAUCUUAAAGUAGACACCAAUGGCAAGAAUGUAAUAGAGAUGUGCGAGGACAACAGCUUCACGGUCCUUAACGGCAGAACGCAAAGCGACGGGGACGGAAGGUACACCUUCAUGAGAGGCCAAGCGGUGUCCACAAUAGACUACUGUCUUAUCAAUGGCAUGUGGCAUAAUCGCAUUGAAGAUAUGCAAGUAGUGCCCGAAACUUUCUCGGACCACGCACAACCCAAUCCACACGACAACAAACUGCUCCCGAAACUGCAAUGGAACGAUAGGUACCGCCAGCAGUACAGAGCCCAACUCAAACAGAAAAGCGAACGGCAAGACUGCCAACCCGAAGCACCUAAUAUUGAGACCCUAACAAACUGGAUAAAGAUAGCGGCAGCCUGCAUGCAAAAACCCGCCCACUAUACAAGAAAACAGCCAUGGUUCGACUCUGAAUGCCAUCGGGAGAGACAAAGAUCAAUGAUCACAUUGAAACGGUCACUUCACUCAGGCAAUGCGGAUGAGAAGCGGAAGUACCAAGAAGCCAACACAGCCUUCAAAACAAUGUGCAGAAAAAAAAGGACAACCAAUUUAGGAAUAGAGCUUGAAGUAAAUAAUAUUAAAGAUAGCAAGGGUUUCUGGGAGUUUGUCAGGAGGACAGCCAAGCGAUAUUGCACUAUUUUGCUUUGCCAAGGCAAGGAAGUCAAGGCAGCAGUGAGCAAGAGCAAAAACUGUAAAGCCCCCGGAAUCGAGCGGAUACCAGCAGAAUUCCUAAAAAACGCACCUGACGUCGCUGAUGCAGCGAACUAUAGGCGGAUAUCCUUCCUUACUUCGACUAUGAAGGUGUUCGCAUCAAUAGUGCUUUCGCGUCUUAAUGACUGGGUAGAAAAGAAUGGUGUGCUCAGCGAAUACCAAGCUGGGUUUAGAAGAGGUUACAGCACAGUGGACAGCAUUUUCGUGCUGGUGGCUAUAGCAAAAGAGUACAAGAGGCGAAACCAGAAGAUGUACACCUGCUUCAUAGACUUUAAAGCGGCUUUCGACACCAUCGACCGACAUAGCUUAUUUUUAAAACUUAGCUUGGCCGGAGUAUCAACAAAAAUUUUGAAUAUACUAAAAUGUCUCUACAGCGAUAACACGGCCGCAGUCUGGAACGGCAAUAGUCUUUUUGAGUACGGGUAUAAAUAG